GCCGGACCCGGAGGUCUGCGCGUGCGCAGAAGCACCGGAAGGCAAGCAGUGUUGCAACUGAAAGUCGGGCGCGUGGAGGAGCCAGCUCUGCGCAACUCUCGGGCGAGCCGAGCCAUGGCGAAAAGCUUGAGGAGCAAAUGGAAGAGGAAGAUGCGAGCCGAGAAGAGGCAGAAGAACGCGCCCAAGGAGCUCAGCCGCUUGAAGAGCAUCCUGAAAGCAAACGCCGACGUGGUGAUGGCGGAGGUUAAAGAAAUAGCGACAGUGGUUACCCCCGAGAGCGCCCCGGAUCAAGGGGAUGAAGUUAAGAUGGAGACACAGGUUAAAAGAAACAAAAAGAAUCUUUUAGACCAAAAUGGACAAUACCCAGUAUGGAUGAAUCCCAGACAGAGGAAGAAACUUAAGGCAAAACGGGUUAAAGGGAAAAACAAACCCAAGAUGGCCAAAGGAUUAGCAUGGUAGCUAUGAAGAAAUUUGAAUGUUGGAAAAAAGAUUAUAUAGACAAUGGAGACUACCAAAGAUUAAGAGUAUUUGAUCAGGUUGGGUCCCAGCUACUAAGUGUAAAUUAUCAGUAAGUCUGGAGACUGUUAGAUCAGAAAUUGAUAAGAGACAUUAAUUUGAUAUCUAUUUAAUUUUAAAAGAAAAUAGUUUCACCUGCUUGUGACCAGUAUUUGUAGUUAUGCAUUUUUAAAAUAUUAUUCUGACUUCUUGCUGUGUUGGCCUUGAACAUAGAAACAACUGGAGAAACAUGGAAUCACUUAUGUACAAAGGAAAACAUGUUUAAUUUUUCCUGUAAUUUUACUGAAGUUGUUUUAAUAUUGAAAUAUUAAAUUAUGAAAGCAUAUUAUGUGGCUUUUAAUAGAAAACUAUAAACUGAAAUUCGCUUAAAAAAAAAUAUACAUUAAAUCAUCUAAAGCCCAACACCAAUAAAAAUGUUGCUGGUGAUUUAAAAAAAAAAUUCCAAUAGAAAUGGUUAUUAAGGAACGGCAUUACAGUAUUUGCAAUUCAUUACAGCUCUGAGACAAAAUAGAGUUAAUGGAUUUUCAUUGUCCAUCUGAGAGAUUUCAAAGGCACAUUUUCCUGAACAGUUGUAAUAUAGGUAAAUAAACACAUUGGCAAUACAUGUGACUUAAGAAAAAGAAAAAAAAAGUAGAUACCCUUAAUUUGGUGUUCCUGUAUCAUACUUCACAGAGUAGACACAAGAGCCAAGUGUUGUGUGAUGACAGAGCAAAAGCUGUUUUCAUCCAGCUACAUAUUAAUUACAGUAUAACAGUUCAGUUAUUAAUUCACAGUAAUAUAUAAUGACAAUUUUGAGUGUUAUUCUUUACCUUUUAUAUUAAAAAAAAAAAAAAGCUCUUGCUUCAAAAAUGGAUAUAAUUAGGAUCCCACUCAUACAAUAUGAUGCCCACUGAAGGAUCUUUUGCCCACAGAUCCACAUUUGUGUAAAGUAUAUUGCUAGACUGAGACCUAAGUAUUUUGAUUACCCAAUGGUUAUGCAUUGGUAUAUGUAAUUACAUGGUAAUCUUGCAAUACAAAGGAAAUAAGAUUCAUGCUUUUAAAAAUAAAGAUAUCCACUUAGAGUAGUACAGUAUGCUAAAAACAAAUAAAUGUUGGACAUUUUGGGUAUAGUCAUAAAAUUAAAAUGUUUUAGGUUUUUAAGACCAUUUUUUUUAAUUCAUUAAUUUUGGAAGGAGUAAUCUAUUUUUUUUCAUUGCUCACAUAAAAUCAAGUGAGAAUGUACCUGCAAUAUAGAACACUAAAUGCAUAGAUGUUAUUAGGAGGCAGAAGGUGAAUGUCUAUUUGAACAUUAUAUUUGGGUCUGUUUCCUAUAAUGAGAUUUCAGACUUGUUCUGGUUACUUAAGUAAAUUGUUAUAAGAUUACCAAGUAUUGUACAGUUAAUAUAUAUUGGCAUUUGUACUUUGAAAAUGUAUUCAUCUACGUAUUUCAUUACAGCUGUCAUACUGCAAAACAGAAAAUGCCACAUGUAUUUCAAUAUCAAAUGUGAAAAGCCUUUUACAUUUGAAUUAUCUUUAAAUUAGCUAAUAAAGAGAAUAUCCCGUCUUUAAAAAAAUACACACAAUUUACUGAGAUUUUAAAAAUGACAACCAGUUUGUAUUUCUUCAAUAUUCAUUCAAUGGCCCACAUUCUGUCUUGUAUGUGUUCACCCCCAUGAAGGUUUAAGGGUUUCUCAGCUGUAACUAAAGACAGAAUAUGGCUGUUUUUAGGACCAGCAGAGGGGGCUCAAAGCUUUGCCUUGUUUUUAUGCUCUUCCACAAAAAAAGAAAAGAGAUGAUAAAAUCAGGGUAAUUUCAAGCUCCAGUAUGCCGGUCUUGAGGGAGAGGAAUCAGUGAUUGCCAACUGUUCCAGGUUGUAUAGACACGUGAUCCAGGUAUACCCUGGCACUCUCGAUUUAAUCUCUUCCCCAUGUUCUACUUCAGCCUUUAUUGAUAUCACUACAGGUAGGCAUGAGCUGGAGCACUGAGCAUUUUUCCAAGAUUGAAUGCUGUCUCAGGAAAAUUGUCUUAUUCUGAGGAGCAUCAACAAUGAAUUGGGAUGGGUCUGAUGCCAUAUAACUUUAUUUUGAAUAUACAGUCCACACCCCCUAUGCUUUCUUGAACAGUUGUUUGUAUGGCGAAGGUGUGAGAAGUCUAAUUGCAAUAAAGUGAAGGUUUGCUUAUA